UCUGCUAGCCAUAUGUGAUCGUAAACCAAAUAUAUUCAGCUGCAUAGUAGGAUUCAUCGGCUAAAGGUUGUUUACAAUAUGAAGUAAAGAAGCAUUUUUAAAAAAAAUGUUCUGAAGAUAAACUGAUUAGUGCUAAAUACACACACACAAGUGAUAUAAUGUCUCUGUAAUAAUUGGUGACCGGUAAACAUAUGCUAAUAUUUUGAACUUAAAAUUAGAAACACGUAUACACCUAAAACAACGUCAGAAAAGGGAGAUUCCCCUGUAAUUUGGAGUCGCAUCUAGAAAAUCGAAUCUGAUGAGUAAUUAUUGAUUUGAUGAACGAGCAGGAGUCUGCACUCAAGACGCAUUGGAACAUUAAGAUAUACAUUUAGCAAAAUGGAUUUUCUAUCAAAAGCUUUUAAGACAUCCGGUAAAAAGCUGAGUAAACGAUUACGGAACCCCAGAGGACCCUGUUUUUUGGCAAGUGGCUUUUUCCUUUUUUGGCUGCUCCUUUUUCUAGCAGUCGUAGUGCCACUGUUCCAUCGCGUUCCCAAUCCCAAAACCAUUGAGGAUGCUUCCAAGGGCGUUUUUAUUGCCCAACGGGCCAUGGAAAAUCUAUAUAAUCUUGUCAAAAUCGGACCCAAAGUAGUUGGAAGCGAAAAUAAUGAGAUUAAAACUGUCCAAUUCCUUCUGAAUGAAUUGGCUUUGAUCGAGGAGAACGCCUUAGGCGACUAUUUCGACAUUGAAGUUGACCUGCAGGAGGUCUCGGGAUCGUACAUUCAUUGGACAAUGGUGAAUAAGUACCAGGCAGUGCAGAAUAUAGUUAUAAAGCUGAGUCCGAAGAACUGCACCAGUGAAACUUACCUUCUGGUCAACAGUCACUUUGAUUCCAAGCCAACAAGUCCUUCCGCCGGCGACGCAGGUCAAAUGGUGGCCAUUAUCCUGGAGGUUCUGCGUGUGAUGUCCACCACCAGGCAAACAUUUAUGCACCCAAUAAUCUUUUUGCUGAACGGCGCUGAGGAGAAUCCUUUACAGGCCUCACAUGGCUUUAUAACCCAACACAAAUGGGCUCCAUUCUGCAAAGUUUUUAUCAAUCUGGAAGGAUGUGGUGGUGGAGGUCGUGAGUUACUCUUUCAAACUGGACCCAACCAUCCCUGGCUAGUAGAUUACUACAAAAAGUACGCCAAACAUCCAUUUGCCACCACCGUGGGUGAGGAAAUCUAUCAAACAGGAUCCAUGCCUUCCGACACGGAUUUCACUAUUCUGACUAAAUAUGGAAACCUCAUUGGUUUGGACAUGGCUCAGAAUAUCAACGGCUAUACUUAUCACACGAAGUACGAUACCUAUGACAUUAUACCAUCUGAUUCUGUUCAGAGCAUGGGUGAAAAUGUCCUCAGUUUGGUUCGCGCCCUAUCCAAUGCCACUGAGCUACAAAACACUGCGGAUUAUGAACAAGGACCAUCUGUAUUUUUUGACGUCUUGGGACUAUUUUUCAUUAACUACACUAACAAAACUGGCAUUAUUCUAAACUUAUCUGUGGCCAUAGCAGCCAUACUGCUAAUCUUCUUAUCCCUGGGUCGAAUGGCAAACAAAUCUGACGUGUCUAUCAAUUUUAUGGUGUUCUGGUUCGUUCUGAUUUUGAUCGUACAAAUCCUAGCCCUUACGCUUGCUUUGGGACUACCCAUAUGGAUUGCAAAUUAUUUUGAUAGUAAGGGCUUAAGUCUUACUUACUUUAGCUCAAAGGAGUUGAUGUUCGGACUAUAUGUAUGCCCAUGCCUGUUUGGCUUGCUUUUGCCGCCCUACAUUUUUCUAGCGCUCUCACGGGCCAGCAAAACCUAUUUUCGCCAACAACUACAUAUGGUUCUUCACGCCCACGCCUUUAUAUUGGCGGUUCUGGUAAUCGGACUGACUUUAUAUGGUCUGCGCAGCACCUAUGUGAUAACAUGGACUCUCCUACUAUACGUCGUAGCGCUAGUUAUCAAUCUGGUAACGCUUUUGCAUGAUCAAGGAAUUUCCUGGACAGGAGCAGUGGUUAUCUUUCAACUUUUUGGAUUUUUGUACAACAGCUAUCUGUUGUAUACCCUUGUGCAGACGAUGAUUGCUAUGAUGGGACGCUUUGGCAGGUCAACCAACCCAGAUUUAUAUAUGUCUGUUAUAAACGCAUUGGGAACUAUUCUUGCCAUGGGCUUCUUGGUUCCCAUUGUUAUUAUAUUCCGACGACCUGGCCUGAUCUUACUCACUCUUUUGACAAUAUUUGGACUUAGUUGUUUCACAGCCACAAUUACGCCCAUCGGUUUUCCCUAUAGGCCAAGGACCAACGUUGAAAGAGUUCCCUAUCUGCAUGUGCGACGUACCUUUUUCAGUUACAAUGGAAACGUUAGCAGAGAUGACUCCGGAUACCUAUUCAAUUUCCAGGAUCGUCGUGGACCGGCUGCUUUGGAAGGAACCAAUGUUAACUUAACUGGGUUGGUUGGCAUCGCAUCUGAGUGUGAGAAGCACAUGAUGUGUGGACAACCACUUUACGAUCACCGAUGGGUGAAGAAUCGUCUAAACGCCAUGUGGCUGCCUCGUGAGGAACUUAUAGAUCCUCCUUAUGUGCCCAAUGUGCAGCUGAUAAGCAAAAUUAUCCUGGCAGACAAGACAACUGUCCGAUUUAAGUUCACGAUUAAUACAACCGAUCACACCAGCCUGUUUAUCCAACCCUAUGAGGACGUGAACAUUACCAACUGGUCUUUCCCACUCGAAUACAUUGGACAGCAACCUACCUACCAUGUUUACUUUUCCUAUGGCAAGGACAGCUCGCCGUUAUCCUUUUUUAUCGAACUCUCGAAAUCUAAUGGGGACUUCAAAGUUCCCCUUUUCCAGUUGGGUGUGUGCGCACACUUUAUUGGCAACCAGGGCGAUGAACUCAGCCAACAAUUUGCGAAGUCUUUUCCAGACUAUGCUGUGCUGAUCGAGUGGCCAACCUCAUAUCAACGAUUCAUAUUCUAAAAACUAUGCUAGUUUUGUUAUUAAUGCUGUAAAUCAAUAUAAUACACAAGUGUGUUCCAUAAUACCCAAGGUGUAUAUAAGUGCCAAUAAUAAAAAAAA